CAGGCCCUCCCGCCCGCCUCAAGGGAGGCGUGGUACGAAUCCAAGCAAGUAUGAUAAAGAGCUAUGUCGAUUCGUGUUCAGACCUGAUGCCUCCACUCUGCCUCAACGCCAUUACCGCUGACAAAGGUAGCCCGGAUGGCGUACUCCACCGGAACUCUGGCACAAGGCUGCUUUGGCAAGGUUUACCGAGAGAAGUACAAUGACACCUGGGCGGCCAUCAAGAAAGUUCCUCAGCACCUCAUCAGCAGGAAGGACCUGGAGAGAGAGUGCGAAGUGUACAACAAAGCCAAUCACCCAAACAUCGUCAGACUGCUGGGCAACAUCAACCUGAAAGACGGCAAAUGGAUUAUUCCACUGGAGUUCAUCUUCGGAGAGGACCUGGAAACUACCAUUUUUAAGUCGGCAAAAUCCAAAAUACAGCUGACACCAACGAAUCGAGGCAAAAUAAUUUUGGGCAUGUGUGAGGGGCUUCUGCACCUCCACUCUAAAGAUAUUGUCCAUCAAGAUCUCAAGCCUGAAAACAUCAUGGUGGAACACAACACCAACCGAGCCGUGAUCAUCGACCUGGGUCUGGCCAAGUUCUUCCGGCGCGGCCUCAACUCGGCCAUGGACAUGGGAAACGAGGCCUACUCAGCCCCUGAGGUGCUGCAGCGCCACAGCCAACGGAACCAGCGCUCGGACGUGUGGGCCAUGGGCAAGAUCAUCGCCGAGCUUUGCGCCCGCGUUCGGCUGCACACCCCUAGCGUCUGCCCGGCCAAGAUCCGGGAGGUGAUGCGCGACCAGCCCUACUGCCAGGCCGUAUGCAGGAUGGUGGAAAGUAAUCCUGCCCUGAGGACCUCCAUGGUGGGCAUCAUCAGUGACAUGAGGAGGACCGGCGGAGGUCUGGAACGCCUCACUCCGCCGCAGGGAAGGAUCAGGAACCGGUCAGCGUCACCGUGCCGAAGAGGUCCAUCUCCGUUCAACAAAGAGCAGCGAGCACACUCACCAAUGAAGCAUGGAUCGCCACUGGGGUGGGAGCGCACCCCUCGACCGGACAUAAAACUUCUGCCCCGCAGCCCCAGGCAACCCCGUUCACUCUCCCCACAAAGGAUCCAAGCGCUGGUCCCCGCGGCCGGUGGCGGCGACGCAAUGAAGUUGACCAAGGACAUGAUGAAGAUGGGCUUAUUCCAGGAAGCUGCCCGCGACCUGCCGUGCCAGCUGCCCGCCACCGGCCGGGUGAUGGUGCGCCGCUUCGAGGAGAAGAACGGCGAGGUGGAAACGUGGGCGCAGAAAGAAGUGGUCAUGCGCGACGGCAAAAUAAUUAAGUAUAAUGACGUCACCUACAACAGCUCAUAGAAUUUUUCUCAGGCAGAAAAAAAAAUACCCCACUAUAAACACAUUGAGCGUAUCGGCCUAAAAAACAUUCAACUUGAAUGUGACCUCUAAAAAUGUAAAUGCACAAAUGUUUCAUUUUUAUUUCUUUUUUACAAUUUGACUUUCUCGAACAAGGACCUGAAUGGCAGAAGUCACCUCUGUUGGUUGACACAUUGACAUUUCCAGACAUAUUUAGGGAAGGUCAAAGUAAGUUUAUAGUGCAUUUUAUGUUGAUUCAGAAAACGUCAGCCCCAAAGCCCAAUAUCCUGUAACUUUUUGUGAGUAGUGUAUGACUGCAAAGAAGACUGUUUACCUUCUUGGGAGAGCAAACACAAGCUAGCCUGUCCACACCUGAGCAUGUUUUAUUCCAGUUGUAAUAGGACACCAGGAAAUAGCUUCUGAAAGCAUUCUAACAUGCUUGCUGAACCUACAAAUUACCACCCAUGACUGUGAACCAGUCGCAAACUUGCAUAGUUACGAAGAGAAAUUCUGUUGGCCCGAUUUUUAAAAAAAACUUUUACUCAGUAAUUUAGAUGAUUUUGAGUGAUUUCCACUCAAUGCAGGACUGUAUUUCUCCUGCCAUGUUUGUUUCUUAGGGAAACGUAUGCCUUUUUUCAGCCCUUUGUGUCAUUGCCCAGUUAAUACUUUAAGUAUACAAUGCAAAUUUAAAAGUUUAAAAAGCACAAGUGGAGCAAAACUUUUUUUUUUGCCAAGUUAAUUACUAUCUAUGAAGAUAGUAGCUAGCUACUUGCUCUCUCGCAAGAGGGAGCGAUACCAGGAUUACAUUUGCUAAGGUCAACCUUUGGAAAUUUUAACGACAGUGAACCAUGACAUAUAAUGACAGUUUGACAAACUGAAAAUCGUUUUGGCGCCAUCCUGUGGCAACCUGGUGCCAAGAAUUUUGAACUGGGUUGAGUAUACAGUAUUUAAAUUUUGAUUUUUUUUUUUUAAAUGCUUUGCCACCAACUUAGGCCACCUAUGUUCAAUUAUAAACCAUUUGGGGAGGUCCAAUUUCAAAUUUUUGCAAUUCGCAGCAGGGCUUAGUGUAUGUGAGUUUUCAAUUAGCUCACAAGCAAACAGGUUUGGGCCUGGUAAUGGCAAUUCGAUUACAGCUAGAUUGCUGAUGAAAAAAAAAUAUGUCUCAUCUAAAAUGUGAUUGUAUUUCAACUGUGUGGAGCACUUUGAGUCUUCAGUGAAAACUGUGAAAUAAAACAUUUGUUCAACAGUUGCAUAAUUACCGCACCCUCCAUACAGCAUUUGAAUAAUCGAUUUAUUACAGAAUUUAAGGCCACUCAAGUGUGUUGAACACACACAUACACUCACAUACACAAGCAGAGCCAACAGUACCCCAGUCCAGUACUAAGCUGCAAUGUCACAAAGAAAAAAAAGUUACACCAAAAAUCAGGACACUUUUUACAGUGCACUGACCUGCUAAUAUGCAGAGUGAAUUCGAUAUGCUGCCAAGUCGAAAUCAAUUGUUCACAACCCAUGAAUGAAAAGUUGUAGAAUGUCUUUUUUUUUUAUACCAACCUUAAGGUCCAUUCACUAGUAGGCUCUUUGUCAUCUCUAAUAGGGCAAUUCUAAUACUAGCAUCACCGUUUACUCAGUACAACUGUUGUACCUCAUUAAUGACAUGUAGUCAUCCUAAUAAUACUCCCUACUUCUUAUACUAGUGCACUAAAUUGUUACUAGUGAAGGAGGAGAAGAGCAUGGACCUCAGGAUGGAUGUCCGGGAUAUCAAUAAACGGUCAAACGGCUUUACCUUGUCGGACUGCAAAAACAUCCACUUGGGUGGUCUACUAGUGUGCUUCAUUGAGCCUCUUAGCACAUGGAACUUAAGAUGGAUAUCAAGGAUAAAGAAAAAAAAAAGUUUGUGUACUAACAGACCCAAAGUGGUAUGAGUUGUAGGUUCAUUUAAAAACAAACAAA